AUGUCAAACAUGGAGUUGCGUAUUAACCAAGCUGAAUGGUUGCAAAAAGUAGACCAAAAUCUACAAGCCAUAUGUCUAAUUGGAAGGAAACUAAUUUCUGGGCGUGCAGCAUGCCGAAAUCCGGGCUCCGAGCUCAUCCUGAUACAGCAAGAGGCGAAAUUGAUUCGUUAUGUCUCGCGAGUAUGCUAUUUCAAUGAGCGUUAUCGUGGUACCCGAUAUCCGGCAUUGUAUGAUUGGCUAACAUACGUCAAUCUAACAUCCACCGAAAUUGUCGCUCUUUUGGAAUACUUUCAAACAUUUUGUGCUUUAAUAGCACUUUUGGAUAUCAGCGAAAGACUUCGUUUUACUUCUGAAGGACGCCGGCGUUUACGAAAAUCAUCAUACUCUUUACGUAGCUACAUUUCCAGAUGGAGAGAUGUUUCAAAAAAAGAUCGACCAUUAUUAUGUUCUGAUUCUGCUCGUUAA